AUGGACAAAGAUCUCCACGUAACGUCUGUGCGCUCGCAGGAGGGGGAUGAGCUCGUUAAUACGAUCUUGCCGUCGUACCAUAUGUUCGAGGCGACGAUUUUCAAAAAAUUGGAGCCUAACGAAGAGAGCUUCAAAGAAGACCCGCCUACAUACGAGAUGUCUCCGCUUAACUCGGGUGGAGUCACGCCUGUUUGCACAAUGCCAUCUCCCACGCCGCUACCCGAGCCGACUGAGUUCCCCUUCCCGUCACAAACCACUUUCAACCAGAACUCGGCAGAACUAUGGGAAACCACCGUAUUAGCAAACGUGCACAAAUUGGAUAAUUUGGCAGACCUCGGCAACGUUAGGGCAAGUCGCUUGAAUGCGAAAAUCACCUUCACCGAUAAGGUGUGCCAGAAGGGCCAGAAGCCGGACAUUGUGGACUUGUCUCAGCGUGAACUUAAACAAGGCGAUUUCAUCCACGGUUUCGUCACAAUAGAGAAUACCAAUCUGGAACCAGUGCCGUUCGAUAUGGUCUAUGUCGUAUUUGAAGGCGUUCUUUCUGUGCUCCACACCUCGAAUGGACCUCGUGACCGCAAGCAACCUCCCACAGUGUUCAAGUUCCUAAACAUGCUAGACUUAUUCGCAUCCUGGUCGUAUGCUAACAUCGAUCGACUCGCCACGGAUUCGGGCGACCCCCACGAUUGGUGUGAGGGCGAAACAGAUCCUUACGAUAACACAGUUUUGGCCAUCGAUGUCAAACGGCUAUUUCAGCCAGGUGUCACAUAUAAGCGCUUUUUCUCUUUUCGUGUCCCAGACAGACUUUUGGACGACACUUGUGACAUGCACAGUUUAGACUCACAUUGUCAGCUUCCUCCAAGCUUGGGGCCUGCUGCAAACUUGAACACAGACAAACGCUCUCGUGAAUAUGCGAACAUCACAGUUAAAGAUUUUUCCUUCAUGGACACUUCCGUUAGCUAUUCGGUUUCGGUAAGAGUAAUUGGCCGCUUAUCCCAGUACACUAAUCGCUUGGAAAAAGACCGCUAUGCUUUAGUUAGUGAGGCUAGUCUGCCUCUCCGAAUAUUACCAUACACUAGUGAUGAACCACACAAGGAGUACUGGAUCAAGAAAGUCAAUUCCUGCUAUAAAGCGUUCGAGGAGAUAGUGAAAGACAAAAUAGCUCAGGGCGAACUGGUGCUUGCGCUGAUGAAAUCGGAGCUGAGCAUACUGCUCACACCACAGUCCUCUCGCUCUUCACUUGCGCCUGUGGUCAGCGAAAAGGCAAGACACUUGUACCAUGUGUCGGAUUCAGAAACGAAGAAAAGUUCAUUUGGUAAGUCCAGCGAUACAAACAUCUAUCUGCAUUUGAGCCCGUACAGGAAGAAAACUCUAACGGGUUACUCAAAAGUGUUGGGCGUAUUUUCUCUCGUGACUCCGAAAAGAGCAUAUAAGACCGUGUACGUGCCGCCUCCAAAGUUCAGAAACCCGAUGCAAGGCUACAACACUAAAGUUACCAUACCAGUGGAUCUUUCUUACUACUAUGAUGAGUCCGCAGGUCAACAGGAGCCACCGGAACCCAAGAGCUUGAAUGUUGAACUCGUGGUUUUGACUAUAAGGUCGAAAAAGCAUUAUAUUCCAGUGGAGCUCAACCAUGAUAUGUGCUUCCCAGACCAUAUAGUCGAUGACAUCGAGAGCAAGAAACCGUCAGAGGAGCCAGAAACUUUUGAUACCAUUGUGGUCAAACCUUUUCAUGACCACUAUACACGUCUUGUGUCAUUAAUGAAAAAAAUUGGUUUUGACAACGAAGCUUUUCGUGUGGAAACCCUGCUAUUCAAGGAUAUUAAGAGCAUGGCUAUGCUUCAGACUAAGAAUAUUAACCUCUUGUUUCCCUCGGUGGAAAUUGAAAGCACUUCGGAGAAAAGCUUAGGAUCACACAAGAACCCUGCGACAGUGCCAUGGACUGUCUCGCAUUCAUCAACUAACCCGAAUUACAAAAUCCACACUAAAAGGAUGGCAAUAACGGUGGACUUGGCCACAUGCCGCUUGAAAGGGUCCAGUGAACACGGGCUGGCAAAAAAUGCCUACGACUCCUUCUGCUUGGUCCCUGAAUUUCAACUAUGCUUGGUGGCCAGAUUAUACUACUUCAGAAUUACAAUCAAGCACAAGAACGGCGCUACUCAAACAGUACACGUCCCACUCUCAAUCGAGGACAGCUGA